AUGGGGUUGAAUCCUGAAGGUGAAGAUGUGGUGGAAGGUCAAGGGGGAGCGGAGGUGGGUAGUGAUACUGAUGGUGUAGCCCUCUUCCAAGUUGAGCUGUGUUUUGGGGUGUUAAUGUUUGUUAGGUGCAUGCUGCUUAACACCGAGCGGAUUAUCGAAAAGGCUGUUGAUGGAGAUAAGGAUUAUCUGAAACAUGCUCUUUUGCUUUUUCUCAACUUUAUUUCUGCUUCUGAUCAUUUUAUUUUCAUCAUGGUUUUGGCACAGAAAGAGCAUGGUGUAGUUUAUGAUCGGAAAUUGAAUUCCUGGGUUGAGUGUUCGACAUGGCACAAGAAAGAGAAAUGA